AUGAGCGAGAGCCCCGAGGCGAGCCAAGCGACCGACGGAGGCCGCGCGGCCCGGCGGAUGGGGCGAACGAAGGAGUGGGAGUGCAGCAUGUGCACCCUGCUGAACGGCUACCAGCGGAAGACGUGCGCGGCCUGCGGGGCGGCGCGACCGGACGCGCCGCUGGACGCGCUCUCCCAGCUCUCGCAGGCGCUGCCGACCAAGCCCAAGAAGCGACUACGCCUGAGCAUGCCAGCGGCGCCUAUGAUGAGUCAGUUUGAUCCACCAGCACCAUCGUCGCCCGACCAGAAGCGACCGCGGACUCAAGCGCCGGGCCAGCGUCCCCUGCGAGGAAAAAAGGACAGUGGCUGGGGCGCUUCCCAGACAGCGGCGCCCGAGCCACACAUGGGCGACGAUGACGAAGAGAAACGACCGCCACCGACGCAGCUACAAGCCUCACCAGCGCCGCCAAGCCUCAAAGUGCCCGCCCGGGCGACGAAGAAGGCCGGACUGCUUCGGCCACGGUCGUUAGUCCGGCCCAAAGACGAGCUCGUACCGCAGACACCACCACAAAACGACAUGGAUGAAGCACCUACAGAUGGAAACGUGCCUGUGGCUUCGAUCGAGCAGCCACGACCGCUCGGCAGCUUCUUUUUCGGGGCCAAGUCGAUUGCGGCGUUUCCGAGGCUGCAGAGGACAGUAGCGCGACAUAACGAGACGCCAGCGUCGGCUGCCGCAGCGCCCUCGAGCCUUCCGGCGUUGACACAGUCGAACGGUCCUCACACGGCCGCGGACUUGAUGGGUCGUUGGAUGACAGCCCCGCGCAAGCCCAAGCCGCCGCCUGUCGUCGAGGCGCCACGACCCGAGCCGGUGCAACCAGAUCCAGAGGUACCCGACUUGCCCGACUCGGCACAGCGAGACGAAGCACGGGCACACGAGGUGCCACCCGAGCCAUUGCCGUCGCCAAGAACGCCGCCAUUGGUCCAGGAACCCCCAUCGGCCGCCGAUCUCGACUACGAUCAUGGGCUGGACCUGACGCCGCCGGACGAUGCGUCUGACGUCCCGGAGCCUGCAUCUGCCGUCGUCAAGAGUGAGCGACCAUUUGCGGCGCCUGCGCUGAGCACGGACGAUGGCGAGGCACCGUGCUUUCAGCUGCUCGAUUUCGCAAACAUGCCUGCUGCGCCGGUUGCAGCGCCUACGUUCAACCUGCUGCCGCCCGAGAGUCCGCCUCAAUUUAACAUGCUGAGCAUGGUGGCUCCACCGGCGCCCGAGUCGCCACCGGCCUUUGCUUUGCUUCCGCCGCAAGCCGCCGCGACGAGCCCUGUACCACUUGCCAGCGUCGUUCGAACGAUACCGGGCGACGAGCUUGUGGCGUCCCCGCGGCGGCUUCCCGUGACGAGCCACGCGUCGUACGAGACGUCUCCCGAAUCACCGCCUCGCUAUCGUCGACCAACAACUCCGGUGGAGCGCCCCGUCGUAGCCUCGCCAGCGCGGGCUCGGGUGUCCUUGACCGACAACGUGGCCGUGACGCCGCCUCGUAGCGCUCGUCGGUCGUUUUUCCAAGGCGACACGGGUGUCGACGCCGACAACGACGAGAUCGACUCGCCCGUUCUUGCCUUGUCGGGUCGCAAGGCAGGACGACCGUCGCCGUUUGCAAAAAUGCGCCAAGUGGGACUGCUCGACGACUCGAGCGACGACGACGACGACGACGACAAGGAUGUCGUUGUCGUACCCCGACGCCUCCGCAAGCCACUGGCCUACGAGUCCCGAACAAGCCCCAGUCCGCGGAGAAGCCCCGUGCGACGUGCCCCAGUGUUUCGAAGCAACUCGCUCGAAAGUCCCAUCCGAGCACACGGCCUAUCGCCAAGAAGUAGCCCGAUCCGUCCUCGGCGGCUGCCUUCGUCGCCGAGCAGUUUGCCGAGCAGCCCCGUUCGUCACGGGUGGGAGUGCGACCAGUGCACGUACGUCAACGAAAACCCCAACGGUCUGGCGUGCGCCAUGUGUGCCGCACCGAGAAAGGUCGCGACGGACGGACGCGAUGACGUGCCCUGGACGUGCAACAUUUGCACCAACGUCGAAGUCAAGGAUCCGCGCAAGUGCACGCUCUGCGAUACGUCCCGAGAGAACGACGGGUCGUCGCAAGUGUUUUUGCGCGACGUCGACGACGACGGCGAAGGCAUGUUCCACUGUGGCGGUGACUCGAACGACGAGGCUGCUGACGUUGUCGACUUGACCAAGCCCCGCGCCGUGGCCAAAUUUUACGACUCGGAUUCGAUCGAAGACGUCUCGGACAACGAGGUCGUCGCGAUGCUGCCAUCGGCCCGGGACAUUCCGUCGGCGCUGCGCGAGUUCAAGCACUUUACACCCGUCGCGAGCCUGCAAGCGCGUCAAACCGCGAGCGAUCCAGGCAUCGACUACCUCAACAUGUUUGGUGCCAACCGCAACGGCAAAAACUACGGCGACCGUCGCAUCAAGCGCCAACGCGAGUCCAAGAAGCGCGUGGAAGAGCAGCGGCGCAACCCGGAUGCUGGCUUUGACGCGGGCAAGCCCUCGAAACGCGGCAAGAAGGGCGGCAAAGGCGCGCGCUACAGUAGCAAGUCCAAGAAGACGUCGCCCGUCGCCACCUUUCGCAGUGCCAAGUAUGCAAUGCCGGCGUCGUUUUCGCUGGCCAGUGCGGCGACCAAGUCGACCAAGUCGGGCAAGCGCAAAGCCUCCGCUGACGCGUGGCUGAGCCGGUCCGCUCCAACCUCGUCGGGACCUGUCGUGCUCUCCAACACGACGUUCGAGCCGCGUGGGAAGACCAAAUCGAUGCGUGUGGUCGAUGGCGGCAUGGAUUUCGCCAACGUCGGGCCGCCCGCGCCGCGCCGGCCGUCCGGUCCUGUCGAGUUUCGUACGUCGGACCUCGCAACGUGGGAAGGCAAAGGCUCGCUGCAUUUCGGCUAAGUUAAGG